CAGAUAAAUUGGUAGGUUCAGUUUGAAGAGCCUUCAGUAUUUGCUUUUCCUUGCAACUAGUAGUUGGAGAGUACAGAGGACUAGAGCAGAUACAGAAAACUCAGGAACAAUGAAUGUAAGCAGGACCAAGACAUCUAAACGCACACAGAGACGAUUCAGUGUCUAUCAACAGCAAUCACCAAAAUCAACAGAACAGCAACAGAAAAAACUAAAACAGGAGAAACUGCAACAACAGCAGGACCAGCAGCACCAGGACCAGCAGCAGCAACUCUCACAAGAACAGGUACAUGAUCAAAAAGAUCGAUAUGAAGAAAAAGAGCUAAAGCAAGAACAAACAAAAAUGGAACAGGAACAAGAACAAAAUCUAGACGUGGAACAGAAGCUAAACCCAGAUGAAGAUCAGGAGCAAGAGCAAACUGAAGAUCCACAGCUGAAAACAGAGCCAUCCCAGGCAGCAAAAAAGGAAUCAAAAGAUACACAAACAAGAAAGGAGCAGAAUUUCUGGUACUGGCUCCCUCACCUCACUGACAAUUCUCCAUGGGAAUGUCUUGUGAAGGGUAAAGGCCAAGAAAUUUUAGAAACAGUUUUCAGCAGUACAUCAGGAUCUCAGUAUACAAAAUUUACACGCCGACAAAGAGGUAUUGAGCAAACAACAGAAACUGCACAGCACAGCACACAUGGCCAAACCACUCCAACUCAGCCUCGCACCCAAAGUUCAAAUCCAUCUCAUGAAGCCAGACCAACAGGAAUGCAGCACAGGCCUGGUACCUCAGCAGGAUGUAGCAAUAAUGUUCCAGGAACAAGAAAUGUUUCUCAAAGUGGACCGUCUCAUGGGGGAAUGACAGAUCCACGAAUGUUUCUUCCAUUAAUGCAGGCAGCUCGCAGUAUGGGUUUUGAUCCUAACAUGUUUUCUCGUUUGGGGUUAUCUGCUCCUGCACAGAAUCCAGCUGCUCCAGAGGGAUCACAACGUCUACCAAAUAUUAAUUUCCUGCCACCAACACCAUCAUCACUAGAGUCUAGUCUAAAUGAGACACUGAAUAUUAUCCAGGAAAUUAUUGCAGGGACUGUUGCUCUGUGUCGCCAGCGGCCAGAGCUAACAAUAGGUCAAAUAAAAAGAAAAAUUAGAGGAUUGUUUCAUCAGAUGAUUACUGAACCUGCCAACAAACCUCAGCAGUAAGUGAAGGAGGUGCCAUGAUGACAAUACUCCAUUUAAGAUCAUGUGGGAAAUUUUGAAAGCGCAAGUUUUGCUUAGCUGUUUGCAUCAUUCUGAUGUGUUUUUACACAUUUCUCACAAUAUUAACUCACAGAACAUUAUCAAUAUAUUUUGUGAAAGCUGUCAACAUAUUCAAAUACUGUUUCCUGAAAAGUGUGGACACUUAAAAGACAAUACUAGCAUUUGUGUCUAAUCAUUCCAAAUAGGGUUGUGAUGUAUGCUAA